UCAUCGCGUUGAUCUACGCCUCCGCUCUCAGUCGCUUUGUUUUGAAUAGAUUAGCUUGUUUCCAGCUAACCGGAGUCGGAAUGGAGGAGGACCCGGAGACCGGGAAUUCAGCCCGGACGGAGAGAAAAGCGUUGGAAAAAGCCAAAAUACUACAACGUGAAAGAGAGAGAAAGGUUUUCCGACUGGUCGGACGGGUUCUGAAGAAGCCUGAAGCUGAGCGGUCGGCGGAAGAGGCCGCAGCGCUGCUGCUACACAGAGAGGCCGUGGACGAGCUCUGCAGGAGGCAGAUCCGAAGAAAUGUCUUGAAGAGGAAGCAGGAGGAGGUGUUUGACGAGGCUGAUGAAUUGAAGAGUAAAGUCAAGCAGCUGGCUGCGGCUGUCAAGCAAGCCAAUCACCUGGUGGUUUACACUGGAGCAGGAAUCAGCACGGCAGCCUCCAUCCCAGACUACAGAGGACCUAACGGGGUGUGGACGCAGCUGCAGAAGGGCCGCACCGUAAGCUCUUCAGACUUGAGCAAAGCUGCACCAACCGUCACACACAUGUGUAUCAGGAUGCUGCAUAAAGAGAAGCUUCUGAAACAUGUUGUUUCUCAGAACUGUGAUGGACUUCACCUGCGAAGCGGUCUGCCUAGACAAGCUCUGUCUGAGCUCCAUGGCAACAUGUUCAUCGAGGUGUGCACUUCCUGUUCUCCUGCCAGGGAGUUUGUGCGUUUAUUUGAUGUGACGGAGAGGACGUCGCUGCACCGCCAUGGGACAGGGCGCCGCUGCAGCCACUGUGGCAGUGAGCUGAGAGACACCAUAGUGCACUUUGGGGAACGUGGAACCCUGGAACAACCUCUGAACUGGAAGGGAGCGGCGGAGGCUGCCAACGAGGCCGACGUCAUACUCUGCUUGGGCUCCAGUCUGAAGGUGCUAAAGAAAUAUGCUUGUUUGUGGUCCAUGAGUAGGCCUGCAAACAAAAGGCCCAAACUCUACAUUGUGAAUCUCCAGUGGACUCCAAAAGAUGAUCUGGCCGUGCUGAAAAUUCACGGCAAGUGCGACGAUGUCAUGAGGCUCCUCAUGGAGGAGCUGAACAUCCAGAUUCCUGAAUAUGACAGAGCAGAGGACCCUAUUUUCAAACUAGCCACGCCUCUUCGCCCAGAAGAAGUCCAAAGCCAUAACCGUGAGGUCUUAGCUGCCCCCGACGGCCUGGAAAGCCCCUCUGUCGAGAACCAGCAGCCGUCGGAGGAAACCUCGUCGCUGCAGGGCGGCUGGUUCGGUCGAGGCUACAACAAAGGCAGGAGGAAAAAAAAGAAAAAAGCAGCAUAAUGAGGGAAGGUCGUGGAGAUGAUGAAGUGCAUUCAGGUGCUACCAGUGAUUUAUGUUCCUUAUCUUCUUGAGGAGCGCAGAUGCUGUUGCUCACUGUAUUGAAAUGAUACAUAUACGCAUGCAUCAUGUGUAUGAGUGAUGAGAUUUACAGAAAGCUUUUUGCACUGUUAUUUUGUUCUACAUUCAUUCUGUAGCAGCAGCAGGAAUUAAAAGUAGAUCCCGUCAUGUAGCAGUUUUUCUGUUUUUUUUAAUGCUACCUUUUUUACAGCAGCUGGCAGAUCGGGGUUAAUAAGAUCUGCAAUUUUAACCCACUUCAGUUGCUGUGGGAUUACUGAGCAAUGGAAAUUACUAUCAACAGAAAUGUUGGUUAAAAAGUCUUAGAAAGAUCCUGAAGACGGAAGCUUUCAGGUUUUGGAUAGUAAUGAAAACACUCCUGCACUUUUUGCUCAUCUGAUUGCGCCAUAUGCAUGCACAGCACCAUGUUAGCUUUUUUUCUUUCUUCAAGCCUUUGUGAAGUGAAUUUGAUUUAACAAUGUUGCCUGUUGAUAGAUAAACAUUAUUAUUGUUCUUCUGGUGCUGCCAUAUAAAGUGCCAAUUACCUUAGUGUUUGUUUGGGAAAAAUUAGACAUUUGUUUGUCAAUGAAACGUUUCAGAAGAAGCAAGGCAGCAAAAAAUUUGCGUUUUGUACUGUUUCUACAUGCAAGAGAUAUAUUUUUACUCCAUUUUUCAGAAGGUGCAUGUUAAAGUUGUAUACAUUUUAUUUUUUACAUUGCUGUACAUUUGUGUUUAUUUUGAAGUGGUUGUAGUUUACGUACACUAUUUCUUAAACAUGGCAGUCGUUCUGUAACCUACCAUCACAACUGUAUAUGUUUUGGGUUAUUUUACAAUUAUCUUCAUUUGUUUGCAGAGGUGUAAGAAAGAAGCGUUUCAUAUUUUACUCAUGUGUUGGUUACUCCUGAUUUUAUGUGAUAACUUAAUGUUUUCUUUGGUUAGUAACAAUUGCAUUGAUUAUUUUUGUCUCAGGAAGGUCAUAUGAUAUUGAGAUCAUCAUGUAAUUUAUUAAAUCAAAAACAGGGAACAGCUAUAAUGAGCUUGGGUUCACAGUUCCUAAAACUGAAAACAGUGUUAAACCUGAAUGUGAAGACGACUCUGCUUUCCUUUGGUGCAUUUGUUUAUAAGACGAAAAAAACAAUGUUUACCGUUUAAUGCUUUAACUCGUUUAAGAAUGCCAGAGGUGCUAAUGUUUAUAAAAUAUUUUGUUUUAUUUGUUUUAUUGACAUAUAAAUGCUAACGGGUUUAAUUACAAGAGCAGUAUCUUGCUGGAAUGUGUGGAACAUAAGCAGGUUGAGAACUGUGUAUUAGAAUUGUAUGUUAAGAUAGUUUGUUGGUGGUUUAUUACUUCCAUCUGGUAUUAAACUUGAUUUUUUUUUUCUUUUUGAAGAUGAUAUUCAGAUGCUAAACAAAAACCAGAAUAUUAAAAGCCUUUGUCGUUUA